UGAACACUGAAAGCGAGGUGCGCUGGGAAGAAGAGGAGUUGUUUAGGACCAUGAGGAGCGCAGUCAGUGUGGAGUGAGGAGAGCAUGGGAGAAGAGUAGUGGAGCGUCGUCUUCUGGUGCUGCGCGCUGAUCCCGGUGAUGCUGCUGCUCAAGUGUUGCAUGCUGAAGAGUCCCAAUGCUCUGUGAGAGAGCCUACAAGGAUGAUAGGAUGAAGGUUGGCAACGAGGGGAAAUGAAGAUGAAGAUAAGAGUGUACCAAGGGGUUAGUGGCAUCAUCAUCGUCACCAUGGUUACCAGUUUUAUGUUGGUGUACAACAGCAGCUCUGGCGACCGAUCAUCUUCCUCAUCGGCAUCGUCGGUAGCAUCGCCCCACCGUUUAGAUGCUCCUCUUCCAUCCACAAAGAAGCCAGAGAGGCUGCAGAGACUCCCACCACCAACACUUGAGGGGUACACAGGUGUCAUGGAUCAGAAGCCUCUGAAGAUGCACUGCCGGUCUUGUGCCCUGGUGACCAGCUCUGGCCAGCUAACUGGGAGCAAGAGAGGUGAAGAAAUCGACCGCUCCGAGUGCGUAAUCCGAAUGAAUGAUGCUCCGAGCAUAAACUAUCAGCAGGACGUUGGCCGACGCACAAACCUGCGUGUUGUAGCUCACUCCAGCCUGCAGAGGGUGCUGCGGAGCCGGCAGGAGCUGCUCAACGGGAGCCAAGACACAGUGUUCAUCUUCUGGGGACCCAGCAGCUGCAUGAGACGGGAUGGAAGAGGCCACGUUUACAACAACCUCAGGCUGUUGAACCAGCUUUUGCCCAAACUUAAAGUCUACGUCAUUUCUCGAAUCAAAAUGCUGAAGUUUGAUGAACUAUUUAAAAAGGAAACAGGGAUUGAUAGGAAGAGUUCCAACUCCUGGCUGAGUACUGGCUGGUUCACCAUGGCCAUAGCUGUGGAGCUGUGUGACAGGAUCAACGUGUAUGGCAUGGUGCCACCUGAUUUCUGCAGAUCCUCCUCUCAUCCCUCUCUGCCUUAUCAUUACUAUGAGCCCUCGGGGCCCGACGAGUGCUCCAUGUAUCUCUCCCACGAGAGGAGCCGACGAGGAAGCCACCACCGCUUCAUCACGGAGAAGGCAGUGUUUGCAAACUGGGCUCGAACCCUCAACAUCCACUUUCACCAGCCAGACUGGAAGCCGGCUGCUCUCACCACCAGCAUGAACAGCUCAUACACUCCAGUUCCAGCUGGAUCCUGAGGUUCUCUCAAGAGAUGGCCCCCAGAAGUGUGGAAUAUGUGUGGAGGGUUUCCAGCAUGCUCCCUCUCUCUGGACACUAUGAAUGCAUGAGACAGCAGUAGGACAGAACAGAACAGAAUUGUUGUGGCUGUUAGCCCACUGCCUGAGCAUCUUGGCAGAAUGAGAUCAUUGCGUAGUAACAGAAAGAAGCCCCAACAAUGUUUUGGAAGUGUAACUAUAAAAGGAUGAAUUUCAUACUGGAAUCAAAGCCACAAAGUGUUUUUGUUUUUUUAAACUCUGUGUAGAGCUGCUUUAACAACACUCGAGCUGUCAGAGAGGAGACAAACAAUGAGGCAGUACACCACUGCAAUAACCGCUGUAUGACUGUGAAAUGAUUAAUUUCCAUAAACUGAAUACAGAUUCUUUGAGGACACUGA